AUGUCGGGCAGCGGCGGCAACAGCAGCGCGGUGAAGAAGAGGAGCCCGGCCGGCUCGGCCUUCUCGCUGGCGCAGCAGGAGGAGAAGCAGGCGAUGGAGAAGAUGCUGUACACGGUGGACGGUGGGGCGCAGGAGAACGGCUGCGUCCGCUCGCCCUCGCCAUGCGCCUCGGCUGAGGGCGAGGGGCUGACCCUGCAGCGCUCCAUCACGCUGCUCAACAGCGUGGCCAUCAUCGUAGGAACCAUCGUCGGCUCCGGCAUCUUCGUCACCCCCACCGGCGUGCUGCGGGAGGCCGGCUCUCCCGGGCUGUCGCUGGUGGUGUGGGCCGUCUGUGGGGCCUUCUCCAUUGUGGGUGCCCUCUGCUACGCUGAGCUGGGCACCACCAUCACCAAGUCCGGCGGGGACUAUGCCUACAUGCUGGAGGUGUACGGCUCCCUGCCUGCCUUCCUCAAGCUCUGGAUAGAGCUGCUCAUCAUCCGGCCCUCCUCGCAGUACAUCGUGGCUCUGGUUUUUGCCACCUACCUGCUCAAGCCUAUCUUCCCCACCUGCCCGGUGCCCGACGAGGCUUCCAAGCUGGUGGCCUGUCUCUGUGUCUUGCUCCUCACAGCAGUGAACUGUUACAGUGUGAAAGCUGCCACUUGUGUUCAGGAUGCCUUUGCUGCGGCAAAGCUGCUGGCGCUGGCUCUGAUCAUCAUUCUUGGCUUUGUGCAGCUUGCAAAGGGUGAUGUGACAAACCUGACUCCUGAGCACUCCUUUGAAGGCACGAAAAUAGGCGUGGGGAGCAUUGUGCUAGCUUUGUACAGUGGUCUCUUUGCCUAUGGAGGAUGGAAUUACUUGAAUUUUGUUACAGAAGAGAUGAUAAAUCCCUACAGAAACCUGCCUCUGGCUAUCAUCAUCUCACUACCUGUAGUCACUUUGGUUUAUGUGCUGACAAACUUGGCUUACUUCACAACCCUGUCAACAGACCAGAUGCUGAUGUCCGAAGCCGUGGCUGUGGAUUUUGGGAACUAUCACCUUGGUGUCAUGUCCUGGAUUAUACCUGUCUUUGUUGGUUUAUCCUGCUUCGGAUCAGUUAAUGGAUCUCUCUUCACUUCUUCCCGGCUGUUCUUUGUGGGAUCCCGAGAAGGACACCUGCCUUCAAUCCUGUCUAUGAUUCACCCCAGGCUUCUAACUCCUGUGCCAUCCCUUGUCUUUACGUGCGUCAUGACCCUGCUCUAUGCCUUUUCCAACAACAUUUUCUCAGUCAUCAACUUUUUCAGCUUCUUCAACUGGCUGUGCGUGGCUCUGGCCAUCAUCGGCAUGAUGUGGCUGCGUUUCAAGAAGCCAGAGCUGGAAAGGCCCAUCAAGGUGAACAUCUGUCUUCCCAUUUUCUUCAUCCUGGCCUGCUUGUUUCUAAUUGCUGUUUCCUUCUGGAUGACACCGAAGGAAUGUGCAAUUGGCUUUGCGAUCAUCUUCAGUGGGAUCCCUGUUUACUUCUUCGGGGUCUGGUGGCAAAACAAGCCCAAGUGGGUUCUCCAAGUCAUCUUCUACGCAACAGUCCUGUGCCAGAAACUGAUGGAAGUGGUUCCACAAGAAUCAUAAGCAGGAAAAGCAGAGACAUAUAGCUUGAGGAAGCACACAAUAUUAUUU